AUGGUUGGUCCAGUGCCCUCCUUAGUAAACCACAUGUAUUGGGAGAGAAUCCUACCGAUUCUACCACACGAAGUGGGCCAUGGUCAAUAUCAUGAUGUAGAAAGUAACGAGGUUUUUCUUAUGCAUAGGGGUAUAAUAAUGGACGUUUCCUAUUCACAAGGUUUUGAUCCUGUGGUACAAGCUUCCCUAGAAGUAAUUGAAUCUAUUUUGGGUAAACAGCAGAACAUUUUACAAUUGAAUGAAGAACAGAUACAGUCUAUUUUGGUGCUAGUACGGCUUUUAAGUGAUAAUAUGGAAAAUGUGUGGGAAGGUAUUGAAGCUAAGCGUACGGGAGAACCAAGAGGCGGUGGUAUUGGUAGAGUUAUCGGAUUUUCUACGCAUCGACCAUGUUUCCAUUCGGUAUCGCCACAGCCUUUGGACCCGGAAAUUGCCCUUAGAUUACUAGAUCUAUGUGGUAGAAUAAAAUUCGAUACAAAUGCUUUACAUAUUUUGCGAGGUAUGUCCCAGCAGCUGUAUGGUAACACUUCGUUGGUGUCUGCAAACAUUUUACCCUCGCAGCAACAAUUCUUAAGGCAACGUAAUGGUACUGGCUGUGCCAAUAAAGUUGAUUUAACCGUUAAUUAUAUUCUCAGAUUUAUAUCCGCGGCAAACCCUGCAGAGUUUACGAGGUAUUUGAGGCGGACGGUUUUGAAACCUUUCUUAGAAAAUCAUGUUGGUAUUGAGCAAGGUGUUUUACAUUAUAUGGAUCUUUUCGGUUGUGUUUAUUUGAACAAACGAAAUGUUGCCCGUUAUUUGGAUAUGGUAAGAGGCAUGGCUAAUAAUAUGAGGAAAACAAUCUAUCACUGUCUAUUACUUCAUUACGCUUCCAGAACAUUAAUGUUUUGGAUAAUAGGUAGGCCAGCAGAAUAUACCCACGUUUUCCGUCUCUUAAGAAGAAGUACGGGAUCUAGUAGUAGCGGUGGAAGCAUUAGUGGUGGUGGAAGCAGUAGCGGUGGUGGAAGCAUUAGCGGUAAUAAUGGUAGUACUAGUAGUGCUACGGCAAGCUUUGUCAGUCAUGAUAAUGUUAGUUCGACAUCAAGUUCUUCUUCUGUAAAUGAAGAUGAAAUUGCCAGGCCCAUUUUACAGUUAGCAUCUGCUUUAUUUGAAGAAACUUAUUCCACUUUCAACGUUUCUAGUCUAUUAACUUCAGUAACCACUCAUACUAAUAGUACUAACGGUAACAUGAACAGCAGUAGUGGCAUUGGUCUUACUGCUGGUGGUAAUAGUAGCAGCACUCAUAAUUCCAGGGAACUACCGACGCCCCAAUCAGCAUCAUCUUCUAUGUCAGUUUCUUCUGCACUUUCGACCGGUUCUAAUGGUUCAGAUAUUAAUCUUUCGGAAUCUGAAGAUCAAUCUUUAGACAGGUGGCAUUCAGACGCAAGACCUAUACAACCCGAGGUACCGCACAUGCGUAACGUUUUAGAACUUUAUACAACACCAGAUGGAUCAGAAUCUCUAUCUCAUACAAGCGUUCUAAAAUUUUUAAUGACGUUAUUGAUGUUGGAUCCUGACGUUUUCACAGAAUUGAAUGCGACCUCUUUUAAAAAUGUCCCUGAUGUCAAGAGUAAUAAUUCUAAUAAUGCGAAAUCUGAUACUGAAGAAAGGGAAAGACCAAUUGGAGGUAGUAUAAAACAUUUUACUCAGGGAUUGAAAAAGUUGACUACAUUACCAUCGUCGAAGAAAAGAAGCGUUAAAAUGGUCACUACUAUAGUGAAAAACAUCACAGGCGUACACUUAGUAGCUGAUCGAGCGAUCAUGGAUACAAUUAAAUCGUUAAUUACACUGUUCACAAUGGCCUCUUCAGUAUCGCUGGUUGAUACGUCAGUACCUUCAGUCUUAUUUUGUAAAAGGCUUUUCCCUAUAUUGGCAUGCAAUCUAGAUCUAGGUAAAAAUUGGGAAAAAGAGGCAAAGUUAAAUCCAUAUUUACAGAAAUGUCUCGCACGUCAUCCAACGGCCUAUUGUCGUUUGCAGAUUGAAUUUUUUGCAGCAUCAACUCAAUUAGAACAAAAUGCAUUUCUUUCACAUCUACAAUUAAAUGAUGUAGGAUCAGGUUCUAAUUUGAAACGGUUGACACUCUACACAGAAGGUUUUAGAGUCUUUUUCCAUUUACCGAGUACAAGGGAACUUAGAGAAGGGACUGCUCUCACGACAGCCGAAUUUUUGAAGACUUUGUUUUAUUGGGUACCAGAUCUCAUCAUGAAAUCGUUACCAUAUUUUGAUGGUAAGGUCACACAUUUGGUUUCAUCAAUUUUAGAUGGAACAGUUUUAGAUGGUGGUAAUGGUUGUCAACUUUUCAAGAUAAGCGCAGCUUCAUCAUCAUCAUCAUCCAUUGCAUCUUUAUCUAAUGCACAACACGCACCCAUUGGAUCUCCCACCAGCGGCUCUGCAUUGGAUUUUUACAAUAGUAGUCAUAGCCAAGCGGUAGUACGAACCAAUUCCAAUACUUCCUCAUCAUCGGAAGCUAGCUUAGUGAACACCCCUGUUAAUCAAACUGACGUUCAAUUUGGUCAUUUAAUUGCUCCUAAAGCAAGGCGAGUUUCAGGUACUUCGUCUACUGCAAAAAAGACAUCCAUACUUAUAUCACCAGAAGCGUUAGAAGCCGAUAGAGUUCCACAUAGUAGCAUAAGAUCACAAGGUGCUAACGUCAGUGGUAUCGGCGGUGGUAGUGGUAGUACUGCUGUUGCCGGUGACUUUUCAACCAUUUCUACCGGUACUUCACCAGCGGUUAGAAACAUUAGGUCUCCUCUGAGACAGGCAAUACAAAGACGUGGAUCGGAUGAGACAAGCACCAGACCUUCUAGGUCUAGCAUGACUAUGGCAUUGGAUAACACUAGCAGCAGAGAACAUGAUGCAAGAAGAAUUAUGGUCAAUAUUUUCAGUAUUUUUAAAAGAAUUACAGAUUAUAUUAUUGUACCGCAUAUCGAAAAUGUUGAUCCUGAAUGGCCAGAAAAGGAUUUUAGAAGCAUAAUUAAAUCGAUAUUCUGUGCCAUCAUCGAUACAGAUGCUAAUUUACAACAAACAGCCCAAUCCUUUAUGGACGUCUUAAUCAACUACAUGUCAGAAUUUAGUGAAAACGUAUCACCCAGGACUACAUGUGGAUAUUACAAGUUAUACAGCUAUACCAUAACUCUUUUCAGUUCAUCAUUAUUCGAUUUGAAAUUGGAUAACCAAAAACGAGAAGCAAUCUUAGAUAUUGUGGUCAAAUCUCUGAAAGUACGUGGUCGUUUAGGUAGAAAUGUAGAGUUGACAGAUGUUAACUUUGAUGAAUUUCUAGAGGUUGAACGAAGUACUUUCCCAUUAAUAUUUGGUACUGUCGGUCGUGGGUUAUUUGUCUCGCUGUAUUGUAACAGAAGUAAUGUCCAAAGACUUGUUAAAGCUGCAUACAGGGAGUUUUACAUGGAAAUUAUAUUCCAUGGAAAAAUUUCAGGCCAUUUGGAUCCUUCAUGGGCGGAUAAUUUGGCUUUUGUCAAAUCCAUGUCAGAGGAUAAUUACGUACCUUCAGGUUCGGUUGCAUUCCAAAGACGGUUAAGGAUCAAUAUUCUCAAAUUCGUUAAGCAUCCCAAUGCUAUUCUUUUCGAUGCUAUGAGUUUCAUCUAUAAGAAAUGGAUGUCUUUAGCAAAUGUGAAAAAUAUGAAUCAAGAGGAGAGUUCGGAUUUUAGGAGUUUUGGUGGUAUGAUUGCAUCUCUAUCUGGUGUAUUACUUACAGUAGACACUGUCAGAUACCCAAAUUUAAGUGAUAUGAGAAUUGAUUUGGGCCAUCAAAUUAAUUAUUUCAUUUCUAAGCAGUGCAACUGGUUAAACAAACCGGAGCUGUUAACCAGAGAAAGUGCAAGGGACAUCUUAAGUACAGAGUUACAUCCCUUCGCCUUUAAAUCGUUAUUUUCCAAUCUCAAGUUAAAAAUUGACGAAUUAAAGGAGUUAGAUUUGACUGCUCCAGGACAUGAAUUAUCUUUUGUCCUGUUGGAACAAAUAAUUAUCAUUCUUAGAACCAUCUUGAGGCGUGAAGAUGACGACAAAAUCAUGAUAUUAUUUUCUGUUGAUGUGAUUAAUUUUAUCGAUGACAUGGUGGAAAUUUUGGAAAAGAUGCCUAACGACUCUAUCAAAUUCUUUAAAGCCGUAAUCCACAUGUCAAAGGUAUUUAGGGCAAUGGAGAGUGCCGAAGGAAACUUAGGAAUUGUUGGUCAUUACAACUUGAAAAACAAAUGGCUGAAGUUAGUUACCAUUUGGUUCAAAUUUACAAUGGAUAGAGAGUACGAUAUCGGGAACAUUUCUAAACCUCACCGUGAAAUGGAUCUAAGAAAGCGCGAUGUCGAUAUUUUGCUCAUCGAUACCGCUAUCGAAUGUUCCAAAGCUCUUGCAUUUUUAACGAAAAAUGUUCCAUUGGAAGUGCCACCUUCAGUUUCAGAGGAAGAGUUAAAACGAUCAAAAUAUGUCGUUUUUGGUAACCAUUUUAACAUCCUGCUCAAAGGUUUGGAGAGAAGCACCGAUUUGGAUAGUUACCCACCGUCUUUGAAGCAUAAAAUUAGCGUUCUAAAUGAAAACGUAAUAAUUUCUUUAACUAAUUUGUCUAACGCCAACGUUGACGCUGGGUUGCAAUAUUCUUUUCCUAUGGGAUUUUCUAAAGAUAAUAAUAUCAAGAUUGCGUUCUUGAAGGUUUUCAUCAACAUUGUCAACAACUAUUCCGCUUGCCAAGGGCAAGAGGAAGAAUCAAAAUUGCGUGCACAGAAUAAUAUUAUACUAGUUGGGCUGAAAAAUCCAAGUUCUGUUAUAAACUUCACUAAAAUUUGUCCUGCCAAUGAAAUCGAUUCAUUGGCUGCAGGGUUGGUGAAUGCUUUUGAUAGCAGAAAUGCAUCUAUUCUCUUGGUGAUGGAGUUGAUCAAAUAUGAAAUUAAAAAUGCUCCUAGACAUAUGGAUAUUUUAAGGAGAAACAGUUGUGCUACAAGAGCCUUAUCGCUUUUUGCUAGAAAUAAAGGCAAUGAAUACUUGGUUCGUGUGCUUCGUCCAGUUUUAAGCGAGUUAAUCAAUUCAGAAGAACAUUUUGAAGUAGAGAAAUUAAAUCCUCAUGAUCCAGGAACAGAUGUUCAAGUCGCACUUUUUGUGAAAUACAUGACUCUGCUAGUAGAUGCCAUCACAAGUUCUGUCGACAUUUUUCCAACAGAAUUGGUCGUUUUGUGCCAAACGAUUUUCUCUGCUGUAGAGGAUAAAUUUCCCCUUUAUGUUUAUGUGGCGGUGGGGUCAUUCGUAUUUUUAAGGUUCUUUUGUCCUGCUCUAGUUAGUCCAGAAUCAGAAAGUAUUAUUGAAAUAUCGGAAGCUCCUUAUAAACGUCCAUUUAUAACGUUAGCCAAGGUUAUCCAAAGUUUAGCGAACGGUUCAGAUAACGUUGCAAGAUGGCCUGUAUUAGAAUCUCAAAGCCAGUUUCUCGAAGAAUGCAGGGAUAGAAUCUUUGAAUUUUUGAGAGAAAUCUGUGAAACUAAACGUGAUGUGAACAUUCCCAUUAAUCUGGACCCCACUCCAAUUCCAUUUGAUUUUAAUUACAUCCACAAAUACAUUUAUUUGUUUGAAUUGGACAUGAGGAAAGCCAAUUUGGACGAAUUCCAAUCCUUUAGCGAAUUCCCACACUUAAAGCAACGUUUUUUGACGAUUGAUGAAAAUAUGGCUAUUCUGGGUCAACCAAGGGAGGAAUUGAGAAAUGAAAUUCCACAAUGCAUAAUAGACAGUAAGGAGGAAUAUCCCCAAUUAUAUGAAUUCAUGAGUAGACAUGCGUUCAGAAGUAUUGCAGUUUUUGACACAACAAACACUUUUGUCCACGAAUCGAUGUCUUCUGACGGUUUACCGAUUAUUACUUUGACGUUUAGUAGUUUCCGGAGUAAAAAUAUUGAGAUUGAGACAAUUAUUUACCGUACUUUCCAGAUUUACGCUAGAAUUUGGAGCGUCAAAUAUUACUUGGUAUUGGACUGUACACAUUUUGAUGAGCAUGAAAUUGAUGUAGUCAAGUUAACGUCACUAUUUAAUAACUUGGUGCCACCCAUCGCUAUCCAAAAUUGUUGUGGCUACUACUACUUCAAUAUUACUGAGAAAUUUGUUAAUCAGUGGAAUAAACUUUUCACUAAAGCUAAUCCUUUUGUGGCCCACAAAGUUCCCCAGCACUUUGUCAACAGUUACUCGCAGUCAGAUUUUGUGAAAUCCCUGGGAUUGGGUGCACAAAGCAUGGAGGUCAUAAGUGAUGUGCGCGUAUCGUUGCAUGAUGUGGCACUAUAUGAUGAACGGAAAAAACGGUUCACACCUGUUUCAUUAAAAAUUGGUAACAGGUUUUUCCAAGUUUUGCACGAAACUGUCAAACGGUAUAAGAUUCAUGGUUGGGAUCAUCUAGUGGAUAUGAAAUUCAAUGAAGUUUUUCAAAUUAACAACGUGUCUUCGGUGAACAUUACUUCUAAUACAGGCGUUACUUCAGAAUUUACCGUGAGUUUAGAGGGUGGUAGAAUUCUCAUUUUCAGCAGUCCUAAAUAUUUAGAAAUCGUCAAGAUGUUCUACUAUGCUCUCGCCAAGAUCGAUGACGAAUACGGCAUGGUGAGUUUAGCUUCCGAUGCAGAGGACACUGUAACUGACACCGAUAAAGAUGAGCACGAACAGAGGUGUAAGACCGUUUGUCAUCUCCUUUUGAUUAUCAUGGUAGGGCUUUUCAGUGAAGACGAAACCGUAAAGAACGUCUCUUACAAUCUACUUGCCGCUACUCAAGAUACUUUCAAAUUGGAUUUUGGUACUAGAUUUCAUAGCUCUCCGGAGGUACACGUUCCUGGUGACUGCGGUACCUUUUUAUGCUUGCUUGCGAAAUCUAUUGCCAAGGCUUCUCCAGAUUUGACCCGCUAUGUUCUCGAAUACUUCAUAAAUGGAUUGCUCAAUCAAGUCAUACCUUUCAAUUUCGUCCCUCAAACGAUUUUUUGUCUUUCUUACUGGGUCCCUAACGUAUACAGACAUGUUUACCUAAUGGAUGAGGAAGAGGGACCUGAGGUCACGGCAAAAAUUAUCCGUGGAUUAAUUAGGCUUACUGUUUUAGAGCCAAGCUUUACGGCGGUUUACCUCCAACAAAUUUGGCAUCACCUAGCCUUAGAAGGUCGCUUGACUUUUUUAAUUGUGGAGGAGGUUUUGAAUCAAGCGCUAGACAGAGAUUCUGAAAAUCGUGAUUGGAAAAAAUUAUUACCUUUACUCAACGCCCUACCCACUGUUGAAGUUACAUCCCACAUUAUUGGCCGCUUAAUGGAUAUGAUUAAGUCAUUUUUACCAUCGUUAAGAUUGGAAACAUUCACACAAAGUUGGUCCGAACUAACCAUUCUUGUGAAGGCAAUAGUUCCGCUAUUUUUUGAGUCUCCUCUCAUGGCCCAGAUGUUUUUACCGGAGGCACUAUUCAUCGCAUCACUUCUGAUUGACGUAGGUCCCAAUGAAAUACGUUCCUCAUUAUACGAACUCCUGAUGAACAUAUGCCAUUCACUAACUAUCAACGACUCUUUACCUGAGUCUGAUAAGCAAAAAUUGGAUGGUGUUUGCACCACUUUUUUUCGUCAGAGAUUUAGAUUCAUGUUUGGGUUUAGUCAAUACAAAGGUCGCACCAUGCAGAGUUUCAGUGUCUCCUCAUUUGCAAGUAAAUUUGCAGCACUGGAACAAUUCACCACUAAUCUUGUUUACCUCAUGGAUUAUUCUGGGAAAUUAGAAGCUCCCCAAUGGAAGACAAGGUACAAGAAAUAUUUAGUGGAUGCCGUUUUUAACAAUGACUCGUUUUUGUCGGCUCGCGCUAUGAUGAUCCUGGGUAUCAUAGGAAAGACUAACACUUCUGAAGUUCUUUGUAAGAAUCUACUCGAUGAGACUUUGAAAGUUUAUUCCGAUCCUCACAUCACUGAUGAACAUCUGUUUUUGGUCAUUGCGCAUGUAUUCACUUAUAGCAAGGUUGUAGAGGGUCUUGACCCUUCAUUAGAAUUGAUGAAGCAACUAUUUUGGCUAUCUGCUGUACUUGUGGAAUCACCAAGUUCGGUCAUAUUCGAAGGUGGAUUCUUGUUCAUGACAAACUGUUUGAAUCGUCUCUAUGAAAACCAUUUUGCGAGUGAUAAGGAAAACCGGUUAUUGACGCCCAUUCUUAUGAGAUCUAGAUUCUUCGUAGAAUCCUAUUUGGCGGAAUUAGAAGAACAUAACGACGGAAUUUGGAGUGAGAAAAAUUUUGCUCACAACAUUCUUCUAAUGAUAUGCCGUGGUUGUUCCGUUCCUUCUCUGAAAAGUGCUGCUAUAGAAUUUCUUCAGGUACAAUUCAGAAACUCAUAUCGUGAACAUAGCAUUUAUCCAGAGUCUACUCAUUACCUAUGCUAUUUGUUCUUCAUUUAUCUCUUACUUCCUCCGGAGAAAUUCCAUUCCAUAUGGAAUGAAGUUAAACCUAAGGACGACCAUCUAAUCGGAUUGGACAACAACAAUUAUUUGCCCAAGUGUCUACUGAAAUGGAUAUCAUCUAACAGAGAAUGUCCCAACAUUACACUGUACCAAGGUGCCAUUCUUUUCAAUAGUACCUUAUCCGAUGAACCAUGUAAAUUGAGAUUUGCACUAGUAAUGAGAUUUUUGAUUAAAACAAAUCCACCAUGUGUCUUCAAUUUUUACAUGGCCACUAGAAAAGAGUUAAGAAGAAUAUCUGCUCUUGAAAUGACAUCUGAUUGUGUUCCCGUUUCAUUCGAUGUAUUAAGAAUGAUGCUCAGACACUCGGAGGUCAGUGUCUUGGAUGAAUACCAUGAAAGCUCUUUGGCGCGUAUUAAACAGAGAGGUUUAGGGUUUAUCACUAAGAUAGACGUUUCUGAUCAGAGUGUCACUGACAUUCUAGCAGUGUUGGAUUCUCAAGACGAUUUGAUAUACCGCCGGAAAAGGGCUAUAACUGUCAUAUUAUCCAGAAUGUCUUGUUUCCAAGAGGGAGUCUGA